AUACACAUGAGAAUUCACACUGGAGAGAAACCGUAUACAUGCACUCAGUGUGGAAAGAGUUUCAGACAAAAAGGAGACCUUAACAGACACAAGAGAAUUCACACUGGAGAGAAACCGUAUACAUGCACUCAGUGUGGAAAAGAGUUUCAUAAAAAAAGGAGACCUUAAUAAACACAUGAGAACUCACACUGGAGAGAAACCGUAUACAUGUUCUCAGUGUGGAAAGAGUUUUUCUCAAGCAACAGGUCUCAGUUAUCACCUGAAAGUUCAUUCAGAUGAGAAGCCUUAUGUGUGUUCCUUCUGUGAAAAGAGUUUUUCAAGGCUGUAUCAUUUUAAGCAGCACCAGAAAACACACAAUAAAGUGAAAGAUCAUGUGUGUUUGGACUGUGGGAAGAGCUUUACAACAUCUAGUAAUUUGAAACUGCACCAAAGAAUUCAUACUGGAGAAAAACCUCACAAGUGCUCAUAUUGUGACAAGAGUUUCACUGACCCAGGAUCCCUGAAAUCACAUGAACGAGUUCAUACUGGAGAGAAGCCGUACCACUGUACUCAGUGUGAGAAGAGUUUCAAAGAUGCAGCAAGUUUAAGACAUCAUCUGCUCUGUCACUCUGGAGAAAAAACAUUUAACUGUGAUCAGUGUGGAAAAGAUUUUAUUUCAUCAUCAAUUCUAAAAACACACCUGAAAGUUCAUUCAGAUGAGAGACCUUAUGUGUGUUCUCUUUGUGGAAAAAGUUUUUCAAGGUUGGAUAUAUGUAAACAGCACCAGAAAAUACAUAAUGAAGUGAAAGAUCAUGUGUGUUUGGACUGUGGGAAGAGCUUUAAUAGGGCUGCCUGUCUGAAAGAGCACCAAAGAAUUCAUACUGGAGAAAAACCGUACAAGUGCUCAUAUUGUGACAAGAGUUUCGCUCGGUCUGGACAACUAAGAGUACAUGAGCGAGUUCAUAAUGGAGAAAGACCUUUCAAGUGCUCAUAUUGUGACAAGAGUUUCACUCAGUACAGACACCUGAAAUCACAUGAGCGACUUCACACUGGAGAGAAACCAUACUGUACUUAGGAGAGAGUUUCACCUGAUCAAAAACUGAUUUCAUAGUAAAAAAAAACAAAAAAAAAACAUUACACUGAACAAAUGUUCUCCUCAGAUCUAGUGUUUUCAGGUAACUAAUGUGAGAUUCAGAAAUGAUUUGUAGAGGUGUUUUUUCUGUUUUGUUGGAGAACAGAAUAUGUAUUCAGUCACUUUGAUUUAAUUUAUGAACUUGAAUUGUUUUGUUUGAAAUUGUUUUGUUUAAAAUUACAGAAAUAACCUCAAUCAGUCAUUUGUUAUUGGCGUAUGCAAAAUUAUUUGUAUUCAGAUUUUUUUUUUUUUUUGAUUAAUGUCUUAUUUUUUAAGUAAUUAUUAUUAAUGAUUUCUAGUCAUUGAUAGCUAUGUAUUCAUUUAACCCUUUCAAGCGUGAGUUUAAAAUAUUCCAGCUGACCUCCCAGAGUGAGUUUUUUAGAACGUUUGCCCUUAUUGUUUCCAUGGCAACGCGUCAUGUCACAUUAAAGGUCCCGUUCUUCGU